AAUGCUGCACCUCGACCUCACCCUGCUGCUUGCACUGGUGCUGGGCGCUGGCCUCGGGGCCGCCUUUCCCCAGGACGCCCUAAAGAAGAGCUGCAGCCUGUCCAAGUACCAGUUCCUCGUGCCCCACGAGCUGAAGGCUGUGCAGAAGAUGAAGGAGCAGUUUGAGGACAUCAUGCUGCUGACGGACCGCAAAUGCUACACCAGGCUCUUCUAUCGGAAAUGGAGGAUAGCGGAGCUGUCGGUGCCUGACCGAAUGGUGCUGGUGGAAGCCGAGCUGGCCCUCGCCACCGCCAUGCUGGGGCUCCCCGCCGCCCCCAGGUUCGCCGAGACGCGCCAGCGGCCCUUGGCCUUCCUCACCCAAGCCCGGGAGGACCUGCGAGGCUGCAUGGCCACGGAGGCUCCUUUGCAUCAGCCCUCCGGGAAACUGAGGCACUGGCUGCAGAAGCUGCAGACGGCCAAGAAAACGGAGACCCCCGGCUGCCUGGAGGCCUCCGCCAUCCUCCACCUCUUCCAAGUGCUGAACGACCUGCGGUGCACGGCCCUCCGGGAGCAAUGCACUUAGCCCCUGCUGGCAGCGUGGCCGGCACGGCAUGGCACUCGCCGGCCGCAAAGGGUGACCCAAGGACUGGGAAAAAUGAUGUUUAUUGCAUCACUGGACUGUAUUUCCUAUUUAAGCAUUUUUCUUAUUUAUGUGAACUCAGGGAGCAAUUUGGGUUUUUUACAGUCUUUUAAAUUAUUGGGGUUUAUUGUGUAUUUAUAAAUGGCUCGGGAGGAGGUAAAGAAAUGCCAUUCCUGACCGAUGCUGUUCAAUGGGGAGGAGUGUAUUUAUUGGGUAUCUUUGUUUUGCUGGUUUUCAAAACACUGACUGUUUUUAAGGAAAUCUAUUUUUGUACCUAUUUAUUACAGGCUAUAUUAUGUGUA